GGCUCUUUCGCUUGUUCUCCGCCAUCCCCUCAUCUGCAUCAAAGAACAAAGACUGAGCUCGGUACAAGCUUUUUACAGAACCUUCGAGAGAGUUAGAACCAUCCCUCCAAUAAUGGUGAAAUUCCUAGCAGGGAUCAGCCUGCUCCUCAUCACACUCGAGGGGCUGUCUGCGCAGAUGAACGGUAUUAAUCGCGAAGGCUGCGGCGUGUCCUUUUUCCGGACCAUGAUAGUGAAUGGUACAGAAGUCAAAGAAACUCAGUAUCCAUGGAUGGUCUAUCUGAGUACGCAUCACCCUUAUGGUAAACACGCUUGUGGUGGUACCAUCAUCACGAAGCGCCAUGUCCUCACCGCCGCCCAUUGCCUUUGGCUUAAGAACGCCCACGUGUACAAGGUCAUUGUCUCUUAUGGAAGUGUGGACCGUCGUAAAGGCCGUAAGGUCGAGGCUUCAAAGAUGCUCAUUCACAAGGGCUAUAGCGAAAAUAGGAUGUUGAAUGACAUCGCCCUUCUUGAGGUGAAAUACCCGUUCAAGUUUCGCAAAGAAGUCGCGCCUAUCUGCCUCCAGAUGACUCCUGUGCCAAUCGUCGACAAAGAAGCCGUCGCAGCCGGAUGGGGAUCUUAUUACGUUGGUGGACCUGGCUAUAACUUUCUUCGUCACACAACGGUCACUAUUUACUCGGAUGAAAUGUGCACUUUGCUAUCUAUGGGAAGCUCCUACUCAGCCGCCCUUCAAUGUUGUGCCCACAAGCGAAGCACGGGCGUCUGCUCAGGAGACUCCGGUGGACCAUUGAUGAUCAAGACACCAUUUAACCGCUUCCAGCAAGUCGGCAUCAGUUCGUACGUACGUGGUAAAUGCGGUGGCAAACUCCCGGACGUGUACACACGAGUUAGCGGUCACGCCAUGUGGCUGACUUGGGCAACCUCCUCGAGUGCCGACUAUAUGCCUCUCGACAUAACAAAGGCCUAGAAGUUCAAGGGAAAUCCUUCCUUUUUUGCUUGGCUGAACUUCGACGUGGUAACACAUCCCAUACGCCUGGUGGUGUGGGUAUGGUCAAAUAAACAACCAUUUCUUUGACUGCAUU